GGCACUGGUAACUCGACCGGCCGACCGUUCGGCUGUGCCGCUGCUGUAGGGCGUUCCGCGGGACCAUGGGGUCUACUCUUCGACCCCCACUGGCCGUGAUUCUGCCAUUAGCUGUGGCUGCUCUAGCAGGCGGCGCCGAUUCCGCCGUCUGGUACGAGGAUCGAAUUAGCAACGGGUGUCGGUUUGAGCCGACCGUCGGCCAUGCCGCCACCAUGGCUUGUGACUACGACGGUAUCAACUACAUCGAGACCCAAUUUCAUGCUAGACAACUUCAUGAGGCACCUUUGAUCCAAGAAAUUCGGAUUUCAAAUGCCAAGGGGAUCAACAUCAAGGAAGAUGCUCUGACGGGGCGAAAACAUCUCCGCGCAUUUCACCUGAGUAGAAUUGGCAGCCUCAGCAUUGCUAAAACUGAUUGGAGGGAGACAAUGGAAACCGAAAACAUGAUCAUAACAAUGAAUGAUAUAAACCGACUUGAUCUGGGCCGUGAUGCUUUCUCAGGAUUGCAGAGUCCUGGUCCAAGAAUAAUCAUCAAAGGAGUGAACAGCUGUACCAUUGCUGCCUCUGCGUUUCCCGCCAAUUCUGUCAUCAAAGGUGUGACUUUUCAAAACGUUCGGAACUUGGUCAUAGAGGGAGGUGCGAUGCAGUCUCAAAUAACGGGUGGUCAGUAUGAAACUGGACAAAGUUUGAAUUGUUACUGUGUCGAAAGUUUUCAAGCGAAAGUAACGAAAAUCGCGUUACCGUGCCAUUAUUUUGUUGUAAUCACGCUCGGCCUAAUGGAUCAGCGACACUGGACCUCUGGCAGCCUCCAGGCGCACGCGCGCUGGCAGCCUCGCCAUUGUCUUUCGCGGCACCUCCGGGUCGAUUUGACGGAUGGCCUGCUGGAUUCUCUGCUUCAAUUGUGCGUCACAGCUGACCUGCCACCUUCCUUUAUGCAAUUUCUGUUUGAUGAGCCCCCACAGAUCCUCAAUGGGCUAAAUCUGAGGGGUACGUGGCGGGUCCAUGUCACGUGCUAUUUCGGGCACCCAGCCUCCUCAAGAAGUUUUGUGUUCUAGUGCGCGUACCGUGACUGUUGCAAGGUCAGAACCUAACAGAGCAUCAUGCUCUGUGUUCUGAGACUCAAUAAGUGGCAACAACACGCCAUUCAAACACUUUCCAUAGCAAAGUUCGCCCGUUACAUUGCCUGUGCUCGGCAAGUAACUGAACGCGCGAGCCCCUCGGACUCAUGGCAAGCCAGACGGGCAUCUCGGGUGGAUAACUUGCUCCCAGGUCGAAGGCGAAGGUGAGAUCCACAUGUGGAAUAUUGUCUCCACCAGCUGAGGUGUAAAAUUCGACAACGGAAGGCAUUUUGCUGCCACUGCAGGUGAACUCAGAUUUAUCGUUCAUAUGCACCUCCAUGUUUUUGCUACCCUGUGUUGGACCCUGUGACAGACGGCGCAGGCGGUUUUGCUGUGUACGAAAUUGUGCCUCCGUCAUCUUUAUUCUAUUUCUGUACCUAAUUUCUGCUUGUGGACAUAUUAAUUGGUCAUACGUUUUGAAAAUUCCAAAAUUUCUUCCCAGAGAUCACUAGGAGAGCCCCAACUGUUCGGUGACGGCGCCGGUUUGUUUCUUCCGGAGCUGAAUGGGCAUUUUCUUGGUGAUCUUGCCAUGCCCACCAUGCAAAACAUCUGCAAGUCCUCAGAACUUAUCGAUGAUCACAUAUUCUUAAGAUCUGGUGAGAUCCCAUGGCGUAAUGUGACGCAUAAUGGUAGCGUUUUUGUAAUUUGUGUUAUUUUCAAAAACUUGCGCGAACAGGUCCCGCAACGCUUGCUGACUUACGCGCGCAAUGUUUUCUACUAGUUAAUAGCUGAAAGUUGAAAUCUGAGCUGUUAAUAUAAAAUAACUGGAAGUAUUCACCUGCCAAAAAUAAUUAAAAUCUGUCCAUUAUUGGAGAUUCUAUGCUUAAUCAAAUUUUGUCCAGUUUCAUACUGACCACCCGUUACAUCUGAUUAAUAUAUCCGACACAGCAAUGCUUGAGGGAUGCUUGAGCAGCUCUUUCAACGGACGCAAGGGUAGCCUCAUCCUGAACAGGGUGACGAUCGUCCCGACCAUCCGCAGUGGCUGCCUCCAGGCUGAUGACGGCUGGGGGAACCUCACUGUGCUGUCCAGUCAACUAGGAGACAUCGAGCCCCUCGGCAUCAGCGGCACGUUCGACCACUUCCAGAUCCGGAACAGCAGCGUGGGGCGAGUUGGCCAGAGCGGGCUGAACCUCAGCGCGACCUCAUUCACCAUCUACUCCACUGAGGUCAGGGAGCUGUCGUCGCACGCGUUGGACGUGCGCUUCAACCGAUCAGCGUUACUGCAAAUGUCUUCGUUCAUGUCGGUGCGCGCCAACGCUUUCGUCAGUCUUGCAGCCAAUCCCCGAAGAGUAGCAACCCUUUCCUUCCAGCAAGUCAUAGCUCACGAAGCGGAGUAUGGCUCCCUGACCCUCGCUGAGUACGGACGGGUGUCCCAGCUCGACAUUGCCCUCCGCAUGCCGUGUAGCUGUCAUCCCAACCGCCAGGCGCUCCGGCUGGUGGCAGGGGACGAAAUGUCGAAUGACGUCACCGACGACCAGCGAAGAGGAGCGCAGCAGGUCCUGGCCCAGGUUCGCUGCGCGGCUCGAGCACGCACGCCGACCCUGGCAGAGUUUGUCUGCUCGGAAUGCGAUGAUCGUGGUGAAGUUGCGUCUCUUUGCCCGGCUGAAGAAGCCAGAGCUUCUGGUUGGAAAAGCUGGAAGCUGGCCCUCGUCAUCGGGCUGCCAUUACUGCUCGUGCCUUCAGCCAUAUUGCUGAUUGUUCGAAAAGCGUGGCAGAGACACACUAGUCGACAAAUUGGCAUGGACCCGUCGCUAGCGCAGCUCCCACAGCAAGUCGCUUCUGAUGUCAGCGACACUAAGGCUCCAAAACCGAAACCACGCCAGAACCAGAAUGCUGGCGGAGACGUCGCAUCACAUCAGCGCGACCAGCUCCACGGCAGUGGUCAUCGAGAGCAGCAUCACGAUCUCGACUCAGAACCGUACUACUCUGAGGUGAACGAUCCUCCCGAGGAUGUGCCCAUGGCGGAUCGGCCGCAAGGUCCCGCAGGUCAGCCAGCGCACGAUAACUGUGGCCCCCGAAGUCAGCCAAUGUAUGACGACUGUGGGCCCACAGAUCCGCUAGUGUUUUAUGACCGUGGUGCCACAGUUAGGCCAUCAUACGAAAACUGUGGUCUUGCAGGUCAGCGACGUUUUUGAGACUGAUCCCCUUAUCAACCAGUGUCAAAAGUCUUUGAUUACGUGGUUCAAUGGGUGGAUGGUAAGGCAGUGUAGUGUGCAAGGCAGUGUAGCCCGAACCAAUCAGCUUAUGAUAGUGAUCACCCGGAUCACUUAAGCAGUGCAUGGCCGCAAGUAAAGGAUGCUACUUGCAGUUUGUGUGAACUUACAGUGUCAGUGAUGAAUAAUGUUUGCUAUAUCUACUCGUAGGUGCUUCUCCAGAUAUCAAGACAAUGAUAGCCUUGCAUUGUGUGAGCACGGGACCAUGUAUCUGCCUACUACAGCAAAUAAAUUGCACAGCUUUAGAA